UAUAAAGAGGGCCAGGAUAGGAAGCAAGAAUAGUGAUGUGUUGGAGUGGAAAGUGGUGCUAGUGUUGAGAGGGCUUCAAUUACACGCUAUUCGACUAACUAAUGCUGUAGAUUAAGAGAGGACCUGAGCCCUAGGACCAUGCCCCAGGACUACCUGACAUGAUGACUCCUUGCUGUCCCCAGUCCACCUGGCCGUGCUGCUGCUCCAGUUUCAACUGUUCUGCCUUAUUAUUAUUCGACCAUGCUGGUCAUUUAUGAACAUUUGAACAUCUUGGCCAUGUUCUGUUAUAAUAAUAAUAUAAUCUCCACCACAGCCAGAAGAGGACUGGCCACCCCUCAUAGCCUGGUUCCUCUCUAGGUUUCUUCCUAGGUUUUGGCCUUUCUCGGGAGUUUUUCCUAGCCACCGUGCUUCUACACCUGCAUUGCUUGCUGUUUGGGGUUUUAGGCUGGGUUUCUGUACAGCACUUUGAGGUAUCAGCUGAUGUACGAAGGGCUAUAUAAAUAAAUUUGAAGUUAGGGAUUUAUUUGGUUUUGAAUUUUAUGUUCCAAUUGGGCAGAUCAUGAUUGAUCGUACAUUCCAGCACAGUUGGUGACGGCAUUCACUUUUACUAUUAUGUUCGGGCCGCCAUAAUAUCAUAGAAUAAUUCGAAUUUGCGCAAGCGCAGCAAGUCUGGUGUUUGUUUUCAUCCCCUACGUACAGUAGAUGGCAGCAAAUCUGCAGAACGAUGUGGAAAUAUUUUGUAACAGUAGAGGUAGAAAUCUUCUUCUCUGGUGGUUUUGUUUUGAGUCUUUGGGGGACCAAAACAACACGACGUAAAUAAUGUGUUAAAAGCCAUUAGGAAUGAUAGUUAAGCAUUUGUCUCACAUUCUUAAAAUAGAAAUACCAUCAGCUGACAUCGAAAGUACACCGUUCCAUCUGCGUUAAAUGCUCCUGAAGUCAUCAUUUUGAUGCCAUGGUAAAGGACUGCAUUGGUCCGAAGAGCAUCUGAGCUACAGUCAUUAUCAUGGAACAGAAAAGGCUUUCAGAAUAAGUCACUUGCCCACACACAUGAGUGCUGUGUUCCCCUUGCGCUGGGCCAAGCGCCAUGCCUGACCGGGACAGCACCUACCUGUCAGGUGGUGGUGGGAGAAGCAGCAGCAGCGGCGGCGGGGUGGGUACUAGUGUAAGCGAGGAAGUGGGGUCUGGUUUAGGAGGGGGCACGGGAGAAGGCCGGGGGAUCCGCAGGAGGUGAAGACUGUGGCUCUGGUUCUGGGGGCAUGGGUGGAGGAGGGGCCCUGGGGAAUGGGAACAACUGCGGGGGAGGUGGAACCGGGGGCCCGGGGUCAGGACCGGCCCCGGACGGGGUCUGCAGAGACUUCUUGAGGAACGUGUGUAAGAGGGGCAAACGCUGCCGCUUCAAACACCCCGACUUCAACGAGGUGCCAGACCUCGGGGUGCAGAAGAACGAGUUUGUAUUCUGCCACGACUACCAGAACAAGGAGUGUGUCCGCUCCAACUGCCGCUUCGUCCACGGCUCCAAGGAGGAUGAGGACUACUAUAAGAAGUCAGGGGAGCUACCCCUCAGGUUGAGGGGGAAAGUAGCUGCAGGACUGGGCCUGUCCCCCAUGGACCUCCCACACAGCCGAGGGGAGGUCCCCAUCUGCAGGGACUUUCUGAAGGGUGAGUGCCAGCGGGGCAGCAAGUGUAAGUUCCGCCACGUCAUGAAGGACAACGAGUAUGAGCCGGCAAGAGUGGGUGUGGGGAGUGUGUUGGGCCCAGGGUCCAGUGGGAUGGUGAACACAGGCGGAGGGGUUGGGGUGGGUGCCUGUGGAGGCAUGGCUGGACUGGUGGGGGGUGGAGGUGGGGGCAACAUGAUUGGGAUGGGCUGCCCCAGCCUUGGGGGUUGCAGAGACCUGGGUAUCUUAGGGGUUGGAGGAGUAGGGGUAAGUGGGAUUGGGGGUUGCAUCUCCAUGGGGGCCUCAGGACCUCGUCGCUUUGACAGGGGCCCCUGCUCGGCGUACGACCCCCUGUUUGAGAGCGGUCUGUAUGAGACAUCGCCCCUGGAAGCCCCUGUGGACCACACAAUGCUGCAGCUGAAGAGACGCAGGCUGGAGGGUCUCCGGCUGGACGGGAACGGAGGGGGGCACUAUGAGCUGGGGGUGCAGGCUGCCCUCUCACCCCAGCCGCUGGAGUACAGGUUUCUGGAGGAGGAAAACACCCUGCUGAGGAGGAGAGUGGAUGAAUUGAAGAAACAGGUCUCAAACCUCAUGGCCACCAACGAGGUGCUGCUGGAGCAGAAUGCCCAGUUCCGGAGCCAGACCAAGGUGUCGGUGAUGACCCUGUCCUCCACCCCAGCCCCCUCUGAGCAGACCAUGGCGUCCCCCGUGGGCUCGGUCAGUUCCUACAACCACAGCGUCGCCCAGACCCAUACCACCCUGAGCAGCGCCGGGCUGCAGCCUCGUACCGUCACCCUCACACAGCAGGACCUAGUGGCCCCCACCGGUGCCCCUACAGUGCCCCCAUCUAAUGCUGCCCCACCCAGCAUUCCCCUGCCCCACCUCAACCCCGAGAUCACCCCGCUCUCAGCCGCCCUGGUUCAGACCAUUGCCCAGGGCAUGGUGCCUCCCGUCUCCAUGGCACCCGUCACUGUUUCAGUGGCACCGGUGGCUGUAUCCAUGGCACAGCCUCUGCCUGGCAUCACUAUAAGCCAUGCCACCACCCCCAUGGUGUCAUACCCUAUCGCCAGCCAGAGUAUGAGGAUCACCACCAUACCUCACUGAUGCAGCACACUCUCUAGGACCCUCCCAUGGAACUAAAGAUGGAAUUCUACAUACCAUCCCUCUCUCAAGUUUUAAUUACCCACUGCUGAAUGACUUGAGGGGAGACGUUGAGGUGGGUGAUCCCUAUGCCCACAUGCUCUCAUGGGCAGAGAAAAGGUUAAUGAUUAUAUGAUGCCUUCACCAUACAAACCCUGCUCUGUGGCAGCGUUGCAGGUAGUCCCUGAGGUGACCUCUGAACUUCUUAAAGGUUUGUGUGCCAAAGGGACUUCUUCAAAGCGACACCAAAAAUAACAACAAACUGUAAAAACGUCAGGGUGAUGUGCUUUGACAAAUGACUGUCAUAACAUUGCAAGGGGUUAAUGACAUUUCAGUAGCUUCUAUUAUUUAUGUUUUUGGGUUUUGCUUGUGUAACUUUGCUUGUGUAACUCACAAGAAAAUGAAUUUGUCCUGUUAUUACUAAUUAAUCAAGUUAUCUAGAGUAAUGUUAUGGGAGGAUAAGGUUACUGAUUGACACACCAUCAGAUACAUUUUUCAGUGUUUGAAGCAUUGGUAUCUUUGCCCUUACCAGCCUAAACUCAGUUGAGCCUAAACAAAGGUAAGUCUACCAUGAAGGUAAUAAGCUUGGAAUAGAAACACCUUUAGUAAACAUGUUUUUGAUCAAUUCCAAA